UCUAAGCCGAAUGAAGUGGAUAUGGAGGAGGUGAGAGUUUCAGUGUUAUCAAAAUAUAAUGUGUGUGUGUCUAUUGUGCGAGUUUGUGUGUCUGUGUGUGUGUGUGUGUGAGUGUGUGUGUGUGUGUCUGUGUGUAUGUGAGUGAGUGAGUGUGUGAGUGUGUGUGUGUUGCAUAUGUGAUCCUGCAGGACAAGCUGCCUAUGGCUGAGUCAUUUGUGAGGGGCCAUCCUAAACUGGAGGAAUGCAUGGUCAGACUGCUAGACUCCGGGUGCCAUCCUGACUAUAGCAUAGCACAAAUACGCAGGCAGUUCUCCCGCUUGUCCCUCUCCAAACAUCAAACUGACCAAAUCCAGCCUAAGAUGCUCAGCAAACAAGUGCUUCGACUGCUGGAGAAAUUCAACAUCGACCCUGCGCUGUGUCCCAAUUCAGUGUAGAAGCGUAAAUCGGACUCUGCGUUUCCUCAUGUAUAAAAG